CACAAGCGCACGGGGACAGCGUGGGGAAGGCGCGCUUCGCAGGGCCUGCGCCCCGGACGCCGGCAGCCUCGGGCGGACGCCUGAAGGUGCCCUCCACAGGCGGCCCCGAUGACCGAACUACAGCAAGAUGUGGAAGACACAAAGUCUGCCAAAGUGCUCGCGAAGAGAGAGAGCAAAGUGGGUUCAGCCCAAACAGAAAGAGUUCCAGGAAAUGAAGGGUAUAAGAGGGAAGAAAGCCCUUGCAUCAUCAGAGAUGACAGCCAGGGUGGCACGAGGCAGCCCCUUUCUCCUGUCUCCCGUGCUUCCCUUGCAAAUGCCUCCUCCAGCAGCUGAGGGCCAAAGCAGCACAGCCUGUUUCCACGGACACAGUGGGGGCUCCUCAAAACAAGAACAAACAUUGCUCUUCAAGUUGGCUUCCAGUGGCCCUGGAUUGGGCUCAGAGGCUGAGAAUGGUGUGGAGGAGAAAAAGAAGAUCUGUAAGUCGCCAACAGUCCAGUCCCCAAGCCCGUCCAUGGAGGCCGAGUCCCCAGACCAGAAGAGAAUCCUUUCCUUGCGGUCCAAAUCCAGUUUUGACGGUACCUCUUUAGCAAGCGACAAGAACGACUGUAAAGCAGAAAGCAAAAAUGAAUCUAAGAUGGACCGGAAAAAGUAUUCGUCUUCCAGCCAGUACAAGGCCAAUAUGCACUUCCACAAGUUGUUCCUUGAUGUCCCAACUGAGGAACCACUGAGGCAAAGUUUUACCUGUGCUCUACAGAAAGAGAUAUUAUACCAGGGGAAGCUCUUUGUAUCAGAAAACUGGAUUUGUUUUCAUUCCAAGGUCUUCGGAAAAGACACUAAGAUCUCUAUUCCGGCGUUCUCAGUCACCCUCAUAAAGAAAACCAAAACUGCCCUCCUCGUGCCAAAUGCCUUAAUUAUAGCAACAGUCACAGACCGGUACAUAUUUGUCUCCUUCCUCUCCAGAGAUUCUACUUACAAGCUACUGAAAUCUGUGUGUGGACACUUAGACAAUACAAGCGUCGGGAACAGUCCCAACCCGUCUUCUCUUGAAAACAGUUUCCGGGCAGACCGCCCUUCAUCUCUGCCUCUGGAUUUCAACGAUGAAUUCUCAGAUCUGGAUGGAGUGGUUCGACAAAGAAGGCAAGACAUGGAAGGAUACAGCAGCUCUGGUUCUCAGACUCCUGAAUCUGAGAACUCUCGAGAUUUCCAUGUGACAGAAUCCCAGACAGUUCUGAACGUCUCCAAGGGAGAAACAAAACCAACCCGGGCAGAUGCCCAUGUGAAUAGAGUGCCUGAAGGAAAAGCCAAGAGUCUCCCUGUACAUGGUCAGUCAGAAACCACUGGAGUCCUACACAAAUUCAAGUCUCAGACAUGUAUGACUCUCCACCAUAUUCUUAUAUUUUACGCAAUUGUUGUCUGUGCACUAAUCAUCUCGACCUUCUACAUGAGAUACAGAAUUAAUACUCUGGAGGAGAGGCUGGGGUCACUAACCUCCAUCGUGGACACUCAUCAUCAGGAACAGACAGCACCAUCCGGCCUGGGGUCACAAGUACAAUUAAAUGUGGAGGUCCUCUGCCAAGAGCUGACGGCUAACAUAAUGAAAUUAGAAAAGCCAGGAGGAGGGCGGACAGGAAGAUUGGCACAGGAGAACCGGCCCAGAAUUAAACCUAACUAACAUUUCUUCACCUCUCCUUCCGAUACAAAACAACCUCCAGAAGCUGCUUGAGAAUGGUGACUGACAGACCGGGUCAAUCGUUCAGGCCGACAUGAUACCUCGCUCGCCCGUCCCUUUGGAGAAGGUGCUCCCUGAGGCAUUUUGGUGGAGCGCUCCCUGCUGGCCAGAGGAGCUGGCGGACCAGCAUCCCCAGCCAUGUUUGCACUUGGAGGUCUCCAGCUCAGGAAGGGGGGAAGGGGGAAUAAUUCUGGUUCCUGUGCAAUAAACAUUGACCCUGUCUCUCUGA